AUCAACAGAUCAGCCGCUCACCCGCUCAACCGCUCAACUGCUCACCCACUUACUCGAUUCCCCUCGUGCAGGCCAUCAUCGGGACGCUGUGCCAACUGAAGCAGUCCAAAGGCAGCAAGUGGACCAUCAAGGGAAAACUCAUCAACGUUAAAAAAGAAAACAACGUCCAGCUAUUCUACGUGGAGAACGCCGUCCUGUCUUUCGGAAAAAUUGUCAUACAUGUCCCCCUGCUCAAAAUGAAAUCGAUCGAUUUGU